CAUUACUUGUGCCGGAAGUGCGCCGCCCAGCGUAUCUCUGUCCCAAUUAUUGCUGAGAUUGAUCUCUACAAAUUUGACCCUUGGGAUCUUCCUGGGAUGGCUUUGUACGGUGAGAAGGAAUGGUACUUUUUCUCUCCGAGGGACCGGAAGUAUCCGAACGGGUCGCGCCCGAACAGAGCUGCGGGAACCGGUUAUUGGAAAGCUACCGGAGCCGAUAAGCCAAUCGGGAAGCCGAAGCCACAGGGUAUUAAAAAGGCGUUGGUGUUUUAUGCCGGAAAAGCUCCAAAAGGAAUCAAAACCAAUUGGAUAAUGCACGAGUACCGUCUCGCUAACGUUGACAGGUCCGCUGGCAAGAAGACCAAUUUGAGGCUUGAUGAUUGGGUAUUGUGUCGAAUAUACAACAAAAAGGGCACUCUGGAAAGGCAUGACAAUGUUGAUCAAGGCACAGUAUAUCAUGACAACCUAGAUCAUGGUGCUGUAUAUUCACCAACAGAAGAAGUUGUAGACGAGAAGCCGAAAAACCUGUUUGAUUUUGGACAAAAUGGUUUGGUGGUACAAGGAAGGACAAUGCAGCAACAACAGCAGCAGAUAACAGCUGAACAAAUGAUGAAUGACUACUUGCAUUUUGAGACCUCUGAUUCAGUACAACCACCAGGGUUACAACACACGGAUUCGAGCGGAUCCGAGCAAGUUUUGUCGCCUGAUUUUGCUUAUGAGAAGGAAGUCCAGAGUGCCCCUAAGUUGUGGAGCGAUUUGGGAAGAGAUUUGGAUUACCAGUUGAAUUACUUGGAUGGAUUUCAAGAUGAUCCUUUUGGUACUGCUACUAAUCAAAUGCAAUACAGUCAGCAGUAUAAUCAACAGUACUACGCAUUGCAGGAUGAAAUGUUCAUGUAUUUGCAGAAGCCUUUCUAAGUGACCCAUGGAACAAAGGUGGAAAGAUCACUUGGAGGUACUAGCCCUAGUGGCUACGCAAGACAUUAAGACUUUGAAUCUCUCUAUUCGAAAACCAUUUGUUAAUGUACAGUUCCCGUAACCUACCUGUUAGCGCAUCUCUUUUCUCGAGAAUGAGAAACCCAAAAAAAAAAAAAAAAAAAAAAGAUAAAACCAGUCCAUUUUUUGUAACUAUGCUGUUACAAAGUGACAUUACCUAGCUUGAUUGGCCAGAUUGGCUUAGGUAGCGUUUUCUAGAAUAGAAGCUGAUUGAUAGCCUCCAUUCAUGAUGUUUGGUAACUGUCAACUUUUAGGAAUAUAUUGAGAAUUUGUGUAAUUGAUGAUGUUUGUUCAACAAAUUCAGUUCUUUGACUGGGAAUUUUGGGGAAAUUAUUUGACCGAUUUUGCUAAUCAAUCAUCCCCAAACAAGUGUCUGAAAAGGAUGUUGACCAAAAACUAUUUGAGUGUGGUAUUGGAACAAAACUACUUUUAAUAUUAUUAUGUUGAUUUUGAUGAUGAUUAGUUUGCUACUGUAGAUAAGUAUAACAAGAAAUAUCUUCCCUGUAAAGUCUGUUUCUAGUUGUGAGACGUUUUCCUCUCCUAACACUUUCAAGAACAUUUUUAACUACUUUUUUUCUUUGUUCAUUAUUGUGUCAAUUGAACUGACUCCUUGAUGAUUUUCGUUUCGUUUGUUUCGGUGUUAUAUUCAGUAGGAUAAUAGUUCACCGGACAAAUAUUUUUGCUCGUCCAUACUUUCUGUCUAUGAAGUGUUAUAGUCAGUAGGUAAAUAGUACACGGCAAAUAUUCUUGACCGUCUAUACUCUCUGAUGUCUGUAGUAAGAAUUACUCUCUCCAUUUCAAUUUGUAGGUUGUUUUAGGUUUAGAAAUAUUUUUCAAAAUAUAGGUCGUUUUACAAAUUCUAGACAAAUUAAUGACUAUUUUUUCAACUUUACCCUCGAUAAAUGAUGUUAAUCUAUUUUUAUUUAGUCUUGUUUAUAAAUUCAAUGUAAUUAAUGAGAGGUAAAAUAGAUAUUUAACAUUUAAAUUAAUUAUUGGA